AUGUUUACCGGAAUCGUCGAGGAGAUUGGAGUCGUCUCCCACCUCGACAACAAUGACUCAACCGGCGGAACCACCAUGACAUUCACCAUCCCUCCCUCAUCCCCCCUCCUCAAAGACUGCCAUGAAGGUGACUCCAUCGCCGUCAAUGGGUGUUGUCUGACCGUCACAUCUUUUACAGAUGACUCCUUCAAAGUCGGUGUGGCCCCAGAAACCCUCAGAAUCACGAAUCUCGGAACACUGGUUGAAAAUAGCCGCGUCAACUUGGAGCGAGCCGUCCGAGCUGACACACGAAUGGGCGGCCACUUUGUCCAGGGCCACGUUGACACCACGGCAGAGAUUUUGUCUGUAACCCCGGACGGCAAUGCCCUGACGUUUCGAUUCCAACCCAAAAAUCGCGAAAUGUUGAGAUACAUCAUUUUCAAGGGUUUCAUCGCCAUUGAUGGCACGAGCUUGACAGUGACGAGCGUGAAUGAUACCGAGGCAUGGUGGGAGAUUAUGCUGAUUUCCUACUCGCAAGAACGGGUAGUUCUGGCGCAAAAGAAGCAGGGGGACACUGUUAACAUUGAGGUGGACAUGAUGGCCAAAUAUGCGGAAAAGUCGCUGGCCGGUAUCCUCGGAGCGAGCAGCGGCGACGCCCCAAUCCCCUUGCUGGAGAAGAUGGUACAGCGAAUUGUUCAGAAGCAGUAA